GUUGCGUUUGCGCGCGAACUGUAAGUGCAGUGUGCCUAGGGUGAGAUCACGACUGGUGGUUGGUUAUACAGGUGUUUGUUGGAUGCGAUUACCGCAAAGGCCCUGGUCACUAUAGUCUUCCCACCAUGGAGAUCUCAGAGUUGAAGCAGCAGCAGCAGCCCGCGGCGGCCAAGAUCAGGAACCUGCCCUGGGUUGAAAAAUAUCGGCCACAGACACUGAAUGAUCUCAUUUCUCAUCAGGACAUUCUGAGUACCAUUCAGAAAUUUAUCAGUGAAGACCGACUACCACACCUGCUCCUCUAUGGCCCUCCAGGGACAGGAAAGACAUCCACCAUUCUUGCCUGUGCUAAACAGUUAUACAAAGAUAAAGAAUUUGGCUCCAUGGUCUUGGAGCUGAAUGCGUCUGACGACCGAGGAAUAGAUAUUGUUCGGGGACCAAUUCUGAGCUUUGCGAGCACAAGGACAAUAUUUAAGAAAGGCUUUAAACUAGUGAUCUUGGAUGAAGCUGAUGCCAUGACCCAAGACGCUCAGAAUGCCCUGAGAAGAGUGAUUGAGAAGUUCACUGAAAAUACCAGAUUUUGCCUCAUCUGUAACUAUCUGUCCAAGAUCAUCCCUGCCUUGCAGUCUCGGUGUACGAGGUUCCGGUUUGGUCCCCUGACACCAGAACUCAUGGUCCCCCGCCUGGAACAUGUGGUAAAAGAAGAGAAAGUGGAUAUAAGUGAAGACGGAAUGAAAGCACUUGUGACGCUCUCCAGUGGAGAUAUGCGAAGGGCUCUCAACAUUUUGCAGAGCACCAAUAUGGCCUUUGGGAAGGUGACCGAGGAGACCGUCUACACCUGCACAGGGCACCCACUCAAGUCAGACAUCGCCAACAUUCUGGACUGGAUGUUGAAUCAGGACUUCACCACAGCCUACAGAAAUAUCACGGAGCUGAAGACUCUGAAGGGGCUGGCGUUACAUGACAUCCUGACCGAGAUUCACUUGUUUGUGCAUAGAGUUGACUUUCCGUCUUCAGUUCGAAUUCAUUUAUUGACCAAAAUGGCAGAUAUUGAGUACAGGCUUUCUGUUGGCACCAGUGAGAAGAUUCAGCUGAGUUCCCUCAUUGCUGCUUUUCAAGUCACCAGAGACCUGAUUGUAGCAGAGGCCUAGAUUGUCCUAGGCCCCAAGGGGGACUGGAGAAGCAGCGGACUCAAGUUAGGGGUAAAGACAGCACUGGGGCUGUACGAUGAAGCCAAUCACCCCUAGUCUUGGAAGGCUGUUCCACAGUAUUAUCUGUGGCUGUUCGGAAUAAGGAUGUAUAGAACAGUGUUAACCUACAGCUGUCUUACCAUCUUUUAUAGGACAAAAAUGUUUUUCUUCCCAGACUUAAGGCUUUUACCUUUCAGUUGCACGGGUGACAGGAUAUUGGCUCACCCAAUUUUGGUCUAAUACAGGAGAUUUUCAAGUCUAUUGUGUAUGGCCCAAGUGUCUUCCAACUCAGACAUCUCCAAAAUUGUGUAUAAAUCUAA